AUGUAUCUUCUGCCAACCUUCACCGUCUGGGUGACCGCACGACAAGUACUCCCUUUUGCUAAUGUGCUCUGCAUGCAACACCAUUGUCUGCUAGCGCUAUCACCCCAUUGUUUGGAUGAGUACAAGACCGCGACUCGAACUGGGUUUCACACGUUGGACAUAGCUUUCAUGUCGCUAGCAGCGUCUCCCCCAACACCCUCCAACGAGAAGCAAGAAAUACCGCCGUAUAAUCCUAAACUGACGUUGGAAUAUAUGCGACACAACCAUCCGUUCGAAGAACUCCCUACCGAAUACUACCAUUGUGCACGCCAAAUGAAGGGGGAUCCUCUAACUCUCCCACGCUUCGUCUACGGCUUUGAAUUCCACUUCGUUGACCUUGGCCUCAACCUUGCGCCCACUCUCACGCGAUGCAGGCCAAAAUUCCUAUUCGCACACUGCGCGACAAGACCAAGUAUCGCCCGAUCUCCGCUAUCCUGA